GCAACGGAGGGUAUUUUUGGGUUUACAAUGUACUCACCCCCAAAUCCCAAUUGCAAUAGCAUAUAUACUGAAAAUUGAAACUAAAGCCCACAAAAACAAAUUUCAUAACUUAGGGAAAGCAGAGCAUGGAGGCCAUCAAGGAACAGCAGAGUAGUCUCAGGGAAGGAAAAGGGGAAGGUCCAACAGAUAAGAAAUUGGGGUUAGGGAAUGUGUACUGCAAGAUGGGAGAGGGAUGGACAUGCGUGAUAACCAAGACUGAGGGCCCUGAUGCUGGCAAAGUUUUCCUUAAAUGCGGUGAAAAUUGCUCAUGCACAAUUGAUGGUGAAACAGUGUCAAAGGAAGUGAACUUGCCACCUGAAGUUGAGAUUGGGAGCGGCAACCAAGCAUUUUGCAAGUGCGGCGAAGGGUGGAGCUGUGUCAUAUACAAGACUCAAGGCCCUGAGGCUGGAUCCGGCAAAGGCUUUGCUGAAUGCGCUGCAAAAUGCUCUUGCUCUACUAAUUCAUCCAUUUAAUUACGAAAUCAACUUUGUACUAAAAGCAACUAUAUAAUAAAAUGUGCACUCAAACUGCUUAAUUAAUGCAUUAUUUUUCAUUUACA